CAUCAUCAUUUCCACUCUCUAUUUGGUCAGCAUCUUCAUUUUCCCACUUUAUUUGGUCAGCUUCAUCUUUUACACUCUUUAUUUGACCCACAUCAUCAUCUACUCCCUCCAUUUGGCCAGCAUCUUCAUUUUCACUCUCUAUUUGGUCAGCAUAUUCAUCUUUAUUUUUUAUUUGGCCAUCACCUUCAUUUACACUCCCUAUUU